GCAUUCCCGGAAGUACAGACUCAACCGGAAAAAGACCGGAAGCAGGGAAGGCGAUAACCUACUCUUCCUACGGUGGCCUGAAGGAGAGGCGAAGUCGGCGUAGGAGAAUUUAUCUUUUCUGGGAGUCACAGUCGCGAUGUCUUUCAAGAGGGAAGGGGACGACUGGAGUCAGCUCAAUGUGCUCAAAAAACGAAGAGUCGGAGACUUGCUGGCCAGUUACAUCCCAGAAGAUGAGGCGCUGAUGCUGCGGGAUGGACGCUUUGCCUGUGCCAUCUGCCCCCAUCGACCAGUACUGGACACCCUGGCCAUGCUGACCGCCCACCGUGCAGGCAAGAAGCAUCUGUCCAGUCUGAAGCUUUUCUAUGGCAAAAAGCAGUCAGGCAAGGAAACAGAGCACAGUCCAAGACAGCAGAAUGAGUUGAAGACAGCAAGCGAAGCGGAGGCUCCUUUGCUAACCCAGACUCGAUUGAUCACACAGAGUGCUCUGCACAGGGCUCCCCACUAUAACAGCUGCUGCCGGAGGAAGCACAGACCAGAAGCUCCUGCCCCCUCCGUCUCCAGUUCUCCUUUGCCAGCCCCAGAGGUUGGACUCCAGAGCGCAAAGAUCAGUCGGGAACCUGAGCCUAGGGCAGGAUCACAUGCCAAAGAGUCGUCAGCUCCCCUGGCCUCUGCACCCAUGAGCCCCACAAAACGACGAGUCCUGAAUCAUUACCUUACCCUCCGAAGCUCUGGAUGGGUCCCAGAUGGACAAGGUCGAUGGAUAAAGGAUGAAAAUGUUGAGUUUGACUCUGAUGAGGAAGAACCCCCUGACCUCCCCUUGGACUAAUGACCCCUCUCCCCAUUUGUUCCACAAAUAAACUAGAGUGGGGCCUGGGAUCCUAAUGAUCCUCGACUCGGGUUCCUUGUCCAACCUUAGGAUUUCAAAUCUGUUCGUCCUCAGCCUGGCCACUCCUUCCCUGCAAUGUACAUGGCUCCCCAUACUUCUGACCCCUCCCCCACUUUCUACCAAAGCCUUGCCAAGCGUCAGCUGCGUUCAGCCCGGUGCCCUAUUAAUAAGUCUGUCAGAAAGAGGUCUCUGCCCUUCAUGUAGUCCGACUCCUUCCCCACCUCCACGCUAAGUCUUUUUUUCUUCAGAUCACAUGUGGACUGCGAUUGGGCAGUAAGGGGCUCUGGCCACCUCUGUCUGCAAAGAGAACUGAGGCCAAGUACCCUGUGAAGAGACUAAAGCCUUUGGCAGAUUUAUGGGGAACACGAGGGACAGAGCUCCCCUCCUCCUAGUAACCUGAACCUCCCUGCCUGCUGAUCCCUAGAGUAUAAAUAAUCCUUUGAUGAAUUGGCAGUAACCCUUGAGGGGUAGCGCCAAGAUUCCCACCCCAACCCAAGGAAGGAGAGGCAGCGUGAACAAAAGGGAUUUUAUUUACAGGAAAGGGGAGAGAGAUGAGGAUUUAUGUGUCCAGGGAUCUCAUCUCUUGUUGGUAAAAGGAAGGGUGACGCUAUCUCUUCUUUUGCUGGCGACCUGUAAAGGGAUAACAGUGAACACAGCUCUAUCUCUUGUUGGCAAGGGCAUAUUUCUCUUCCUCGUCCCCUAAGGAGUGGCUGCCUCAUGCUACCUGAUGAGCCUGUCCCAUGUUAACAACAAAAUCCAAAAUACACACUGGAAAAUAAAAGGACCAUGUCUCUGGAGGUAC